AUGGCGUGCGUGGAUAACAGGGUUGUGGGCACGGAGGAGGGUCGGGACGACAGGGGACACCAGCUGGCCAAGUACCUGUCUUGUUGCGCCGCCUCCCAGUGCGCCGAAACCCACAUUUGCUCCAGAAGAGUCGCCAAGGCUGGGGCGGCCCCGUGCAAGCACUGCGGGGGGGCUGGCGGGGGAUCGGAGUGGGCCAAGACAUUCGCCAUGGCUCUGUGCGACAUUUUCGACUGCCCCGCGGUGGUCCAGCGGGAGGCUCUGGACCUUGUCGUCUCCGCGGUGGCCUUCGUGCCGUCGCCCCCGUCCGGCAACGAUGAUAACGACAGCAACAACGAUAGCGACAGCAGCAGCAGCGGCUUCAAGGGCGGCGUCGGGGUCGACGACAAAGACGGAGGAAGCAGAAGAACAGCGGUGCUGAGGGGGCAGGCUGCUCCAGACAACGGCGGCGGCGAUCGGCGCGCCCAUGACGGCGAAGACGGAAGCUACGGCUCCUCCAGCGAGGGAGGGGCGAGCAGCGGCGGGCUCGGCAGCUCCUGGGGUAGCGUCUCGGAGCUGGCCCUGGCGUGCGUAGAGGAGGAGGAGGAGCGCGACGGUACCGCUAGCGGCGGCGGAGCCGCCGCCUACGGCGGGGCCGGGAGGGUGAGCGGCGGCGGCAGCCGGUGGGGGGAAGAGGAGGAGGAGGAGGAGGAGGACGACGACGAUGACGAGGUUGUGCGGAAGGGGAUUUGGUUCCCGCCGCCCUCUACGGCAGGGGCGAAGGACCCGCUCCUCACGACGAGCACCGCCGGCGACGGUCUGUCGGGAGGGAACGGAGGCGGUAGUGGUUGUUACUCGGCCGCUGCAGCGAGGAGGGGAGAGCCUCGCCCCCCCCCGAGGUCGUUGGCGGCUAGGUUUAGGAAGCGAUGGCAGCAGCAGCAGCAGCAGCAGAGCCCCGACGGUACCGGUGGUGUGGCGCCGUUCGCCACGCCUACGGCCGCCGCCGCCGCCGUCUCACGCCCGUCGACCACACCCGCUUCUCGAAGAAGAGGAAGAUGCGAGGAAGGAGGAGGAGGAGGAGGAAGAGGAAGAGGAGGAGUAGGAGGAGCAGGAGGAGGAGAGGGAGGGGACCACUCCUGUCCGGGCGGUAAUGGCGAGGAGCCGCUACCGCCGCCACCGCUCCGGGGAGGAGCCUGCGAAAGUAACCCCAGCAGCAGAGGCAGCAACAGCAGCACCGUCGGCGGCGGCGGCGGCUUGGCGAAGGGAGCUGAGAACGACCACCACCGGCAACGAGACGGCGGCAGCGGCAGCGGCGGUGGCGGCAGAAGCGGCGAGGCGGGGAGCGAGUUUGUUGUCCUGGUGAGCCGGGAGGCCACGGUGCGAGAGCUGGCGGCGAGCGUGGGAGGGUUUCCGGAGGACUGGCUGGGGGAGGCGUUCGGGAUGGUCGUGCGGCGGCAGGUGGAGGACGCGGUCUACGACGCGCGUGCACGGGCGGCGAUAAAGCGCGCCGUGAGGCUGCUGGGCGGGAGGGUGUCUUGGAAGCAGGUGGCUGUCACGGAGCAGGAGCUAGCGGCGCUGGCACAGGACGAUAACGACCGAAUUCAAGACGGAGACAAGAACAAGGAGGCGGCAGUGUCGGGGAGGUACUGGAAGGUCGGCCUGGCGGCAGCCGGGGGAGGGGUUUUGCUUUUCCUUAGCGGAGGCGUCGCCGCGCCGUCGGUUACCGCGUCUCUCUCCGCCGUGGGGUUUUGAUGAUUUGCGUUUGUGCGUGUCGUCGUUAAGAGUUAGCCUCACCGUUGGAGACCUUGAUGGGCACGGGGCUACGUGGUUCCAACAUUUUUUUUCAUCGUGGUUGGCCUCUUGGAAUCACGGCAAAGCACACAAGGAGGAAGCAUGCCACAAUCCCCCCCCCCCCCCCUCCCACCCCCGCCGCGUCAGGUUUGCAGCGGUAAAUUCGGUGUCGUACGUCGCCCCGUCCCUUGGCGCUUGGCUGGGUUACACGUCCACCGCUGCCGCCGCCUCGGGGGCGGGCACCGUCGGCGCGUUUAGUGCCGUUUCGGGGGCGGCGGGGGCGGGCAUGGCCGGUUACAAGAUGACGAGGAGGACGGCAGGGGUUCAGGAGUUCCACUUCCUACCUCUGCAUACCGAGUGGCCGCUAGACUCUCCCGAAUCCAUGUUCGAGGGGGCGUCUGAACCCGGCCUACCGGUGUUCAUCUGCGUGUCCGGGUGGCACGAGCCUGGCCACGAUCCACGGCACAUCUGGGGAGGCAUUAGAUACGCCAACGUCGCCUCCACGCCUGAAACCCCGGGGACGGCGGCCGAAAAUCCCCCCGCUUGCCCUGCCCCGCCGCCGGGCUCCACAGCAGCGGGAGACUCGGGGGCACCGCGGGGCAGAGCGAGGGGGGAGACGCGGAGGGGAAGGUUCGGAGGCACCCCCUUCUUCCCGCCAGCCGCCGCUCCUUCUGUGCCUGAAUUUCAAGGCUCGGGGUGCAGAACAGCGGCAGCGACAACGACGGCAGCAGUGGGAGAGGCGCCGGCUGCGUCAGGUGCCAGCGGCGCGGUGUCUCGAUGGUUCUCGGCCGCUCGCGGGACUGUCAGCCUCGACCGCGGCGGCGGCGGCGGCAAUCAUAGCAGCAGCCGCAGCAGCAGCCGCAGCAGUACCAGCAGCAGCAGCAGUAGCGGCAGCGGCAGCAGCAGUGGUAUCAACAACCAUGGCGGAAAUGGUGUCGGUA